AGGGGAAAUAAGCGGGCGGGAGCCCAAGGAGGAGCCGCUGGUUGCAGCAUCAGCAGCCCCAAGAGGAAGGAGGACGAAGAGGAUGCCAAACCCGGCCAGCAGCUGACCCCGGGGGGGGAGCCCGGCCAUGGCCUUCCUGGGGGGGCCCCGGCUCCUGGACUGGGCCAGCUCCCCCCCUCACCUGCAAUUCAACCGCUUUGUGCUGACGGGCUACCGGCCGGUCAGCUCCGGGUCCGGCUGUCUCCGCAGCCUCUUCUACCUGCACAACGAACUGGGCAACAUCUACACCCACGGAAUCCCUCUGUUGGCGUGUCUCUUCGUGCUCCCACUGACCAUUCCAUGGGCCCGACUCUCAGUAUCAUGGCUGGGAAUUGUGCAUUACCUGGCUUGUAUCUUUCCACAGCUGGGCAGCGUGCUUUACCACCUCUUCAUGAACCACGAGGGCGGCCCUGCAGUCUACCGUACCUUGCUGACCCUUGAUAUGUGUGGAGUAUGCAUGGUUAACACCUUGGGUGCUCUGCCAAUCAUCUACUGCACGCUGGCCUGCGCACCAUUUCUCCGCACUGUUGCCCUGUUAUCCUACAGUGGCUUGUCAAGCUAUGGCAUCUUCUGUGCAGUGACUGCCCGCUCCAGCGUCCGGCGUCUGCAGUCCUUUGCCUGGCAGGCCUUGUUCCGCUUCUUCUUCUUCUACCUGCGCUGGGUGGGACUGGGCACUGGCCACCCUUCCUCUUUGCGUUCAUACCUCAUAAUGGACGGCUUGGCCUUUCUUGGUGGUGUCAUCAACAUCUCAAGAGUGCCUGAGCGCUGGAAGCCGGGCCGUUUUGACUACUGGUUCAACAGUCAUCAGAUCAUGCACGUGCUGGUGGUGGUCAGCAUCCUCUAUCUCCACUGGGGAGUAGUGGCUGAUCUACAGUGGAUUGGCAACUAUGUCUGCCCAAUGGAAUGACAGCCUCUGCACCUUUGCAGAAGAACCCUAUUGAUCGAGAAGUGGGUGACUUCUGAGGUGUGGGCCAUAAGUUCUCAUUGUUCAAAGUCUUCUACAAGGGCUGAAGCAGACAAGGAAGUACAUGUGUAUAUCUUGGAGAAAGCCUAUUUAGAAUAGGGCAUUUUCUGGGAUUACACUUUCCCAUAGGUUGAAUAUUUAUGGAUCAACACACACACAAACAUACAGGAUUUGGUACUUUUGGGUUUUAUAACAAUGGAUUUCCAUUGGCUGAAGUACUUCUAGAUUAGCUAGAGGUGUUCUUCCGAAUUACCACCAUAGUGGCUGGGGAUGAGCCAGAAAGGUUAAGAAAUAGUUUGGCUUGGUGACCUACUGUCUUAAAACUUGCAGGGAGUCGUCAGUUGCACUAGUGAAGGUUCUUCAUUACCUUCAGUCUUUUGCAUCAAUUCUUGUUGGCUAUAGGCCUUUGCGUCAUCAGAGCUAGACUUCCAUUGGCUUUGGUGGUGGUUGAGGAGAACACCAUUGUUUGGACAUCUCUUUCACCUUGUUUGGUGAUUUAUGCACUGAGAGAAGAGGGAUUUAGUAGAGGACACUUGUUUUGAGUACAGCUUCUCUGCUUUAUAGGGACAAGUUAUUUAAAUAGAUUUUUUAUCCAGGAAUCUUUCAGACACCAUGCAAUAUUUUCUUAUUUUUUAAAGGGCUGGUUUAGACACCUGGAUAUCAAGGUCUACUGCACAGAGUGGUGGUGAUAAGGACCUUGUAGAAAGAAAUGAGUUCAGUGCAGUCAGCCAGUUUAUUACAGAAGUGAUGCUCAAAAUACAUUUAAUUUGCUCUGAAAUGACUUGAAGCACUAAACCAGCUUUCCCUACCACCACUCCACCAGAGGGCUAAUUAGGGGCCUUGAAACUGAAUUAGGGUGGAAGUUGAGUUCAGGUUUCCCCUUCUGGUUUUCACCAAAUUUGGAACCAUGGCUCCUUCACAGCACACCUCAGUUUUCCAUUUGUCUCCUGGUGGAGGUAUCUGGGGAUCAACCUAGAAUGACAUUUCUUGGGUUGGACUUUUUCCUUACUGCUUCCACAACUAUAUUUAAGCAAGAGUGGGUGCUUCCAGAGCUUACUUUAGCAUGGAUUUGGAGAGCACCUUAUCAUUAGCUGUUGCUGCUGCAACUGUACUAAUAACUAAAAUACAAAUGAGCUGCUGCUCUCUUUCCCUUUCUUACUGCCCUUUGUUGCAUAGGAGUUAUCCUUAUUCCAAAUUUCAGUUCACUUCCUUCACUUGCCUCUUGAAUGGUCCAGCUGGCCUGUGCUGAAGAUCUCACUUUGAGUUCUUUUCUUUUGGUAUAAAUGGAAUCACCAGUUCCUUUAUUCUGAAGCAGAAACACUGUUUUUAAUUGGGUCAAUGGACUAUAACUAGCUUUUUGGGUGGGCUGUUUUCAGAAAAUAGUCAGAGGUAAAAGGCUGAGUCCCAAUAAUAUUGCGGCAAGUUCUUAUCCUUUGCGCUCCUAUCUUGCCCCAGUGGUUAGGAACUGGAAAGCCAGACAUUCCCCUUAGGUGCCUAAAUUUGGCCAAGGACUCUUCAUCAGCUGACCAAUAAUUUAGGUACUCAGUGCAAGUGAGGCCAAGAUAAACCAUCAUUUGUUUGUUUGUUUGUUUGUUUGACAUAAUGGCCCUAGCACUCUUCAGCAUCUGGACUCUUGGGGGUUGUGGUGUGGUUUUGCCUUUUAUGUGAAAGUCCUUCAGCUGGAGCUUUUUUUAUGGCAGCUCUAAAAAUCACCCCAUGGAGUUUUAUUUGGCUUCAAGGGAACACACCUAAAUGAGCUGAUGAAAAUCAGCUACCCAAAUCCAUAUUUGGUGACUCUUGUACAUUUUAAUUUAAAUCCAGCUAAUGCAUUAGCUAAGUUACAAGAAUGUGGCCGGCUGUAGAAAAUGCUAGCCCCCUCCCAUAGUGGGGAUUCUGUUUUCUGCACAGUGCCAACUUAAACCAUAUUGUAUAAGUGGCCGAGCAACAGAGCAUGUGCAAAAACUAUUCUGAUGAUCCAUCCUGAAGACUAGUUUUCAGUAUGUAGUAAACCAAGUCUAUCUGGAUUUUCUUCUGAUUCCAGGACAAACAGCAUAUGUCUUAUAGUUGCAUUUUUCCGUGAAUGAUAGAACAGGUAAUAGAAAUUUACCCCCCACCCUCCAUUUCCCCCCAUUGGAAGAUAGGGGUAUGGGGAAGCUAUAACUUUGAGCAGAAAAGCAACCAGGGUUGGAUCCAGAUUUAAUCAUAAUUAGAUUUAUUGAAAUCAGUCAAAAUUUAACUUGCUUUAUUGUUUUCAGUGGGUCUACUGGCGAGUGUAACUAAAUGUGGCUGCAGCCCCAAGUUCAUCAAAAGGGCUGAACAACUCCACCUCAACUCACAGGUGCCUGAGGUUGAUUUUGGAGUCAAGGGAAGACCUGUAAAUUCAUGUCACAUUAGUUUAGAUCUUAUUCUUUAGAGCAAGGAAUUGAAAUGUUGGAUAAAAACUUGGAACUGUCAGUUACAUCUUACAGUAAACUGAUAAAAUGGGAGUGGCGAGGAUCUUGGAAGCAAUUAUUGUAAGGUUUAAAAGUUUCAGCCUCAGUAAGGGAAAUACAGGGCUUAGGCCUUUUGUUUCUUUGCCACAGAUUAUAUUCUGCAAAUUCAGUGGGAGGAUGCAUUGAGGGUAUGAGCAGGUCCCUAGUAGGAAGAGAGGAGGACUGACUUAAGAUUCCCACAUUGGGGUGUGAAGCAUCUUUUCUGUGCUGCUAUUUUGGGCUGGGGUUUCACCUACUGCCAGCCCAGUCUUGUCUCUUAUUAUCUCAGGGUAGACGGACAUGGUUAAUGUUCGCAGCUUCUUUGGGCUGAAGCUACAUAUCUUUAAAAUAGGUGAGCAAGGCACCAAAUUUUUAACAAAUGCACUUCGUAAAUGGGGGAGAGAAGGGAACUGUUGGUGCUUAAGGUCCAGAACCUUCUGUUGGCAAAUGAUUAGGUUUGGGCUACUAAUAAAAAGAGAUGUCUAAGGAAAGCCAGUCUUUCUCAUGGCCUGUCAUACACAGUGGUAUGUCUGUUCUUUUGAAGUUCCAAAUACUAGGACAACCAGGUGGAAAAGGGUGUAACCAUCAUGUAGGAUAACCAACCAGAUUUAAAUCCAGCACCUUCCACUUAAGUAAUAGAAACCAAAGAGCUUCGAUCAUGGAUGGGCUCUAAACUUAAAUCAGUGCCUGCACAGACAGGAAGUCUGCAGUCCUUCAGAUCACGUUGCUUGCAACUCCUGCUAUCCCUGGGUUUGAUAGAAGUUGCUGAGUCCAACAACAUAGGAGGGGCAACAGCUUCCCCAUCCUGAGUUACUGGAAAGCAUGACCAGUGGCUGAAGGGCUAAACACUGACUUCCUAUUCCGAUGCUCUAAGUUAUGGAAUGUGGCUCUAAUGUUGAAGUCAGGUAUAUUUUUCAAUAUGUGCUUUUUAAACACACACACACACACACGUGUUAACUCUGCCUGGCCACAGGCAAAUGCUUAGGAGGAUCAUGAGAUUACAAUUUAUUAAAAGCAAUGGAAUUAUAGUUCAGUUCA